AGCGACCACCCGACGUAUGAUGUCAGCUCCUGCAAGUGCAGCAUCUCCGAAUAUAUAAAAUGAACGAUCUCACACUAGUUACUCAUUCGUUACUAUACUCACCACGAAUAAGCAUCAUGAUCAAAUACCUGACCAUUGCCUGCGUGCUGGCCGCCGUGUGCGCCGCCGCGCCGCAGCAGGACGUGCAGAUCCUGCGCUUCGAUAGCGAUGUGCAGCCUGAUGGAUACAGCUUCGCGUACGAAACGAGCGAUGGCACUUCCCGUCAGGAGCAAGGCAAACUUGACAACCCGCAAUCGGAAGACGCCGCCCUCACCGUCACCGGAGAGUACGCCUACGUCGCCCCUGACGGCAAGCACUACAAAGUCACCUUCACCGCCGGACCCAACGGCUUUCAGCCUAAAACUUCCCUUGGCCAGUAAACGGAUUUGAAAAUUAUCGUCCUUAAACUAAAUGGAGGCAAAAACCUGCCACUUGUUUUGAAGAUAGCAGCAAAUCUUAAUAGCGACAUGAUUUAAAUACUUUCUUUGAUCAUGUCUCUUUUAGGAAAUUUUAGUAGAUAAGCGCUAUGUAAAUACUCUUUUACCUUUUAAAAACCAACAAUUUAAAUUGAAAAUAUCCAAUGAUGCUCAAUAAUUACGUUGCAGUGAACUUUCGAUCUCAUUUACACAUGCUGGAGCAUUAAGAAUGAGGGAUCGCUGAAUCUAAAUUCUUGUGCCAUAAUACCAUUUUUUGUACUUUUUUAAUUUUGUACCACGGUUUUUGAGCAUCUAUGCUCAAAAUAAAGUAUUUUUUAAACAG